AUGGCGGAGGACCCCACCCUGGGCAUUCGCUUAAACAGGAUCUGCUGCAUCGGUGCGGGCUAUGUCGGUGGCCCAACCAUGGCAACCAUUGCAUUAAAGUGCCCAGAUCUUCAGGUGAACAUCGUAGACAUGAACGAGCCGCGAAUCGCGGCGUGGAAUUCCGAUAACCUUCCCAUCUACGAGCCUGGGCUUGACGAGGUGGUCAAGGCAUGUCGGAACAAGAAUUUGUUCUUUUCGACGGAUGUGAAGAAGGGCAUUGAGGAUGCCGACAUCAUCUUUGCUUCCGUCAACACGCCCACAAAGACCCAAGGUGUUGGCAAAGGCCGGGCAGCCGACCUCAGAUUCAUCGAAAGCGUUGGGCGCACCAUCGCUCAGUAUGCAAACCGGAGCAAAAUAGUGAUCGAAAAGUCCACGGUCCCCAUCAAGACUGCGGAAGCCAUAGCAAGAGUAUUGACAGCCAAUGAGGAAGCCAACGGUGGCAGAAAGAACUUCUGGAUCCUUUCAAAUCCCGAGUUCCUGGCAGAAGGAACAGCCAUGAAGGAUCUAGACAUGCCCGAUCGGGUUCUGAUAGGUGGCCAGGAGCAGGCUGCCAUCAAAGUCCUGGUCGACAUCUACGCCCACUGGGUUCCCAGGGAGAAGAUCUUGACCACCAACCUUUGGAGCUCGGAGCUCUCUAAGCUGGUGGCCAAUGCCAUGCUUGCGCAGCGUGUGAGCAGCAUCAACUCCAUUUCGAGGCUCUGCGAGCGCACAGGAGCUGACGUCAAAGAGGUGUCCCGGGCCAUUGGGACCGAUUCCCGGAUUGGACCCAAGUUUCUGAAUGCUUCUGUGGGCUUCGGUGGAUCAUGCUUCCAGAAGGACAUCCUGAACCUGGUGUACAUCUGCCAGCAGUUCGGGCUCGAAGAAGUUGCUGCAUACUGGCAGCAGGUGGUGGACAUGAACGACCACCAAAAGAUUGCCUUCACCAGCAAGAUCAUAUCAGCAUUGUUCAACACUGUGACGAAGAAGAAGAUCGCCGUGCUCGGCUUCGCUUUUAAGAAGGACACGGGAGACGUGCGAGAGACUCCAGCGCUCACCGUGUGCGACAUGCUGAUGAAGGACGGAGCAUUGGUGCAUGUCUAUGACCCCAAAGUGGAGAUUGCGGAUGCCUUGCAAGAGUUCAAGUAUCACGACAUAGAGGUGAACCAGAGCCAGUUCAUCUUCACCAAGAGUCCAGAGGAAGCUUGCGAUGGUGCACAUGCCAUCAUUGUUCUCACGGAGUGGGACGAGUUCAAAUCCUAUGAUUACGAGGUGUUCUAUCAAAAGAUGAUGAAGCCAGCGUUCCUUUUUGAUGGACGCAACAUGCUGGAUCACAAGGUCCUCGAGGAGAUAGGUUUCGAAGUGCAUGCUUUGGGCAAGGCGCGUACAGCCAAGAAUCAUAGCGGCGAACAGGAUUUUGUGCUGCGCGCCAGCAGCGCCUACCUCGAUGGCAAGCUGGACGGCGAAUUCGGUUCUUUGCGGUCAACCACCAUCAACCACCCCAAGGAAGUCUCUGGCAAUUUCUGGGCAGUUGUGGCAGACAACGCCGACGAGGGCUUCGUGACGGUUUGGAGCAUCAAAAGUAUGCAAUACGGACAGCCAGCAGCAGACUGCCGUCGGGACGGAAAGUUCGUGACUGGAGGCCUCGAAAACACCGAGGAGUUCCUCUUCUGCUACUUUGAAAGAGGCCCCACAACGUACAAGGUCUUUAUUUAUCUGGAGGACACCAAUGGUCAGGAAGACGGGAUUAUGGAAACCAUUGGAAUCAUUGUCCCAGGUUCCGCGGAGGUCAGCAACGAGUAUCUGGUCCGGCCAUAUCUUGUGGAGCCUGCCACGAUUCGUGGUGCAAAGGUUUAUUUCCAGGUCAGGAGGACUGGAUAUGCGUGGGCAGGUCUUAUCGACGAGUCUUCUUGGCUCACGCGGAGAGCCGUCAACAAUUCCAAUGGCAACCAUGCGGACAGGCAGAGUAUCGAGAUCUACGACAUCAUGUUCUUUGUUGAUAUGGUGGGGUCGGACCAGUUCUGCUACUACAGCGCUGUUCCCAUCACAGCCAAUACAGGCUACACCUGGGAGUUUCUGAACUGCGGACUGACGCCGGGCGUUCGCUAUCGCCUCUUUGUCUAUGUCAUUGGUGAGGAAUACUGGGAUGUUGCCGUGGAUCCGGAUGCAGUGUUCCGGUCCCCAUUCUGGAACCAGUGGCACCGAGACAAUGGCCGCGUGUCGAACGGUGUGCUCGUUCUGCCGCCGUUUUCAAACUCGUGGGCAUGGCCGGAUGGUGAGCCAUACAUCUCCAAAGGUCCCCACGGAAUGGGCUUAGACGUCACCUUUAGCACGGCACGUCCGCAAGCCUUGGUGUGGGCAAUCGUCCAAGACGCGACUAGUACAAACUUCACCAUCAAUGCGGUCAAGACAGCGCAGCUGGCAUGGGGUCCUGGAAGUUGUCGACAGAUGGGCGUCCCCGCACUCGACGCCGCACAGUACACUUUGACGCUCUUCGGGUGCAGCCUGCUGCCGGCUCCAAAGCAGUAUGUUCUCAUUCUAUACACUGAAGAUCAAGCAGUGCAGAAUGACGGCGCAUUGUCUGACCCGAUAUACUUCGAGGUGCCGGUGUCGAACGACUUCGUGAUUCCGCCGGCCCUGGUUGGGGAAGCGGGCCUGGACACCGGCAUAAGCCUGAGCUUCGAGGCGUCCUCUCCGGGAAGAGUCUGGCUAUAUCUUGCAACCGCGGCACAAGCUGCUGCAGUGUCUGUGACGAUCCCGAACGUCAAAGAUGCACUGAAUGCCUUCGAUGCCACGAACUGCAUGGUUGCCGGCCUUGAAAUCCCAGCAUCGCUACAGGUGAUCACCUUGCCGAAUUGCCCGCUGGUCUAUUUGUCUUCUUACGUGGUCUACGUGUAUGUUGAGGACACCAACGACCACUUUGAUGGGACCCUUGCGACUCCACUGCCAAUCAAUGUUGGCGCGUCCAACAGCUUUCAGGUGGAGCCUGCUUUAGUCUCCGUGCCUACGACCGACCAGGUGGACUUCAGAUUCACGCCUACGAAGAGUGGCCGCGCCUGGGUGGUCGUGACGCCGGCCUCCUCCCUUGUGGAACCACCCACCAGGUCUCACAUGAAGGCGAGCAUCGGAGCAGUCGGAGCGCUCUCGUGCAGAGUAGCCGGCUCGCAGAUCACACCGGUGGAGCAGACGUAUGCAUUGACCGGCUGCAUGCUGGAUCCAGGACAAAUCUAUGCCCUGUAUGCCUACGUAGAGGAUCAACGAGACCGUGGAGAUGGGACGUUAUCUCGCAUCGUGUUUGUCAAGGUGAUCAGGUCUAACAACUUUGCCGUGAGCCCGGUGCUGCUGACCACCCCAACACUGGAUGGCUUCGACGUGAGAUUCCAGGCCAUGGUCUCCGGCCGUGCUUGGGCCAUGGCUGUGGAUGCCAUUGGUGGAUCAGGCGUCACCUCGCUGUCGAUCCGAAGCCUGGAAGGAGCCUUGGGAGGAUCAGGCUGCCAAUUUCAAGACUUCGCCAUCGAUGCCGACCUCCAGGUUUGGAACUUCACGGACUGCAGGUUUCAGGAGAGUAAGACGUAUAUGAUCUUUAUUUAUAUUGAAGCCUGGCCAGCAGUGGAAGGUGACGGCACCCUUUCAGGUCCCAUGAUUGCCUCCUUCUUCGAUGCUUCGAAUGUCUCUGCAGAUGAUACCGACUCCGAGACUGGCGGAGAGGUCCUGACUGUCGAGGAGGUUCCGAUCGUCUCGAAUUGGUUCCGAGAAGAUCCACGCCAGACGGGUCCAGCAUCUCCGGGUGGCGUUACACUGACUCUUCGUGCCGCGCACGCCAGUGGCCGGCUUUGGGUGAUGAUCACUCGAUACCGGCCCCAGGUGGCCGCAGAGUCCGUCACAAAUGGAUGGAACGCCAUCGGUGGUCCUGGCUGCCAGAGAAUGGAUGCGGCCAUCGAUGAGCAGGAGGCGACAGUGCAGCUUUCAGAGUGUGGUCUCUUGCGAGGUAGGUACUACUAUGCCUUUGCCUACGUUGCUGGACCAGAGGGAGGAUUGAAUGGGACUCUGAGCCCUCCGGUCGAGAUCUUCGUCCCUACGGUUUCCAACGACUUCUCUCAGCCUCCCCAUCUUGUCGCCACAGCCCGGCAGGACCACGUGCAGUUUACUUUCGCUGCUGUUCAACAAUUCGGCGUUGCCUGGGUCAUGAUCAUAGAUGCGUGGCUUGCCUACUCAUUGACCAUUGAGAGUGUGAAGAGCUUCGCCAACGCAGCUGGAGGUUCCAAUUGCCGGAGAGAGGCCCUGAGCAUUGGCACCGCUGUGAAGGAGAUCCUGCUGGCAUCCUCAUUUCCGAAUGCCGGUGAUGGCUGCGACUUGACCACCAAUGGAAUGUAUGUGUUGGCCGUGUAUGUGGAGGACAUCAACGGUCUCAACGACGGUACCUUGGCUCAGCUGCCUGUCCACAUCAGUCCCCGGCCGACAGUCUCAAAUCGCAUCGCGGCCGGACCGGACGCUCAGAUGCGAUCAAUUGAGCUUGAAGGAUCUUGA